AUGAGGAGACUAUAUGCAUCUGUUAUUCUUCUGCAGCUCAUUUGGAUUUGUUCAUGCCAAUUUCCUCGCCCAUGUGCCAACUCAGAGGGACUGCGAACCAAAGAAUGCUGUCCAGUUUGGGAAGGAGAUGGCUCACCCUGCGGGGCCCUGUCAGGUCGUGGAUUCUGCACUGAGGUUUUGAUCUCAGAUGAGCCCAAUGGGCCGCAGUACCCACACAAUGGGAUAGAUGACAGAGAACGCUGGCCUGUGGCAUUCUUCAACCGGACAUGCCGUUGUGCUGGAAAUUAUGGAGGGUUUAACUGUGGUGAAUGCAGGUUUGGUUACUGGGGUGCAAACUGUGGUGAAUAUAGAGAAUCAGUUCGCAGAAACAUCCUCACCAUGUCAGCUGCUGAGCAACAGAAGUUUAUUUCCUUCCUCAAUCUUGCUAAAAACACCAUCAGUCGAGACUACGUCAUCAGCACAGGAACAAGAGCAGAGAUGGGUGAAAAUGGUGAGAACCCCAUGUUCUCUGACAUCAACACCUAUGACCUGUUUGUCUGGAUACACUACUAUGUAUCCAGAGACACCUUCCUAGGAGGGCCAGGGAAUGUGUGGAGAGACAUCGACUUCGCUCAUGAAUCAGCAGCAUUUCUCCCCUGGCACAGAGUCUUCCUGCUUCACUGGGAGAAUGAGAUAAGAAAGCUGACAGGAGAUUUUAACUUCACCAUCCCAUACUGGGACUGGAGGGAUGCCCAGUCCUGUGAGGUGUGCACUGAUGCUCUGAUGGGGGGACGCAACACCCUCAAUCCCAACCUCAUCAGCCCUGCUUCUGUCUUCUCGUCAUGGAAGGUCAUUUGCACUCAGCCAGAGGAUUACAAUAACCGAGAGGUAUUGUGUAACGCUACUUCAGAGGGUCCACUGCUGCGUAACCCCGGCAACCAUGAUCCGAAUAGGGUGCCACGACUCCCCACAACAGCUGAUGUGGAUUUUACUGUGAGCCUCCCUGAGUAUGAAACGGGACAGAUGGACCGAUUCACCGACUCGAGCUUUAGAAACGUCUUAGAGGGUUUUGCUAGUCCAGAGACAGGCAUGUCAGUGCCAGGGCAGAGCACCAUGCACAACGCCUUACAUGUCUUCAUGAAUGGUUCCAUGUCCUCAGUCCAGGGUUCGGCCAACGACCCCAUAUUCCUGCUGCACCAUGCUUUCAUUGACAGCAUUUUUGAGCGCUGGCUAAGGACCCACCAGCCUCCUCGAACCAAGUACCCUCGUGCCAAUGCUCCUAUUGGCCACAAUGAUGGUUACUACAUGGUGCCCUUCCUGCCUCUCUACAGAAACGGGGACUACUUCCUCUCCAACAAGGAUCUAGGUUAUGAGUAUGCCUACCUGCUGGACCCUGGCCAGAGGUUUAUGCAGGAGAUUCUGACACCCUACCUUCAGCAGGCCCAAGAGAUCUGGCAGUGGCUCCUGGGGGCCGGGAUCCUCGGUGCUUUGAUUGCUACAGUUGUUGGUGUGCUGCUUGUUAUUGCAAGAAGAAAGUGGAAGCGUAACCAGAGGAGGAAGAGGGUGGCCAGCUAUGGAGAGAGACAGCCACUCCUUCAGAGCAGCUCAGAGGAAGGUUCAUCGUCGUAUCAGACCACUUUUUAACACACAGAGAACCCAACCAUAAAGCUGAAAAUAACUGGACAAACUUUUAAUGAUGCCCCCUAGAUUUUAAAAUAUGUGAAGGUAAAGAAGAGCCAGUGAAGCGUCUUGAAGGAUCACAGAACACAAACAUGUAGUUCUACAGUGUCAUGUCUAAGAGACACUUGUGUGUGCAGUCUUUGCCUCUGAAGAAUCAGAAAUUAAGUCAAUUGAUAUCUUGGUGGUGACACUGAAUGGCAAAACUUCACAAGCUGUAAUUUACCCAGAAGUGUUUGAUUCUGCAAAAAUAUCAUCUUGUUUUUGCUCACUAACCUGGACAGACCUACACUUUAUAUAAUUACUACCAUGUUUUGUUACAUUAUAUUUGAGUUCUUCAGUUUACAGGGUGCAUUCUGUGUUUAAGUACUUUAUAAUCACUAAGGAAGGUAGGGUGUGUUUGAACUCAAAAUGACUUCAGCUUAAUGCAAAACUUGGAGAAAAGGAAAUAUUAAAUCAUUAAGUCAGGUCUAAUUCUGAUCGCUCAGGUUAUUUAAAAUUGGUAGUCACAUUAGUUGCUUCCUUACACUGAAUAAAUCAAGGCAGCAAUACACACACAAUCCUGCACUCUCAGAAAACAAAGUACCUAACUGUACUUUUAAGGAUGCAAAGUACCUUUGAGAGUACCAACCAAGUAAAAGUUCUUUGUACCCCUAAAGGUACAUUUUGGUACUUCAUGUGUGUG